UAUAAUCGUUCGAAAAAAAAUUCUCUAUCGUUUUCAACACGCAUUUUAUAAUAGUAAUACAAACAAUCGUAAUGGAUAUCAGUUUAAUGGGAUUCGAUUCUCCUCUGUUUCUACACAAUAUUCAUCCCAUCUUUCUCGACCCAACCAAUGACACCAACACCAAAUCAUCAUCAUCAAACAAGAACUGCAAUGUAGGGGAACCGGGUCGGGCUUACGUCAGAGACGCAAGAGCAAUGGCGGCAACACCAGUUGAUGUGAAAGAAUACCCGAAUUCGUACGUGUUCAUAAUCGACAUGCCCGGUUUGAAAUCUGGUGAUAUAAAUGUGCAGGUUGAAGAUGAGAAUGUUUUGGUGAUAAGCGGAGAAAGAAAAAGAGAGAAUGAAGGAGAAAAAGAAGGUGUCAAGUAUGUACGGAUGGAGAGGAGGAUUGGGAAGUUAAUGAGGAAGUUUUCGUUGCCAGAGAAUGCGAAUACGGAUAAGAUUUCCGCGGUUUCUCAAGACGGAGUUCUUACUGUUACUGUUGAGAAGCUGCCUCCGCCCGAGCCCAAGAAGCCCAAAACCAUCCAGGUUCAGGUUGCUUGAAACCAUUGGGUCGAGAAAACCGGAAUGUUUAGUUGUACGGACUGAUAGUAGUAGUAGUAGUAGUAGUAGGAUUUCUGAUGAAUAAUAUGGAUUGUGUAGUGUGAUAUGCUAUUUUGUUAUGUUUUUGUGAUGGAAGGUUGUUUGUGUUAUGAAUAUCAAUGUCAAUCUUGUUUUUUGUUUACAA